CCCCCACAUUGCAACGCGAACGGACGUGUCGACAGAGUUAAUAAAACAAUAUAAAUAAAUGAAAAUAAACUUAAAAAAAGUUAUGUUAUAAUAGUGAGGCAAAAUGAAAGUGAUACUCUGUGUUGUGCUCCUCAUGGUAGGCGCUGCAGUCAAAGCGCAAGAAGGCGAUGCAAAUCCAGAUUACUUUCAAAAUGAUUACGACAAUUUAUACGACACAUAUGUUGAUACCAGUGAUGAAAGCACAGACGUGAAACAAGCUGAUGCAAGCAAGUCAGCAGAAGCAGACGAUGUACUACAAGACCCAGACACACAACCUCUACCAGAACCAGCUGACAAUGAUAAUGAUGCAGGAGUAGAUUCUAACGCCAUCCCAGACUACCAGAUCGAAGAUAACCGAUCCAAGGAACAAGUUGAAGAAAAUCAAGACUUACCAGCUGAAGAAGAAAAACUGGAGGACCAAAGUCUAGAGGAACACAAAGUUCUACCCCUAGGAGCACCUGAAUCAGAUAAUGAAGACUACCCAGACUUUGAGGCUGAUAAUCCCCUAUGGCGCGAUGCAGUAGCGGAUGAUGUUGACCCACUACCAGUACCAGCAGCCGAAAAUGACGAUGAAAUUUUUAAGGAUACUGAAGCUAUACUGAACAAUGAAAAGGAUAGCUUAAAUGAAGAGAAAGUGCCAGAAGAGACUCCCGCUAGUGAAAAAAAUAUAGAUAACAUUAUCGAAGAGACUAACAAACUAUUGUCGGAAAUGAAUGAUGAGUUUGAUGCCAGUGACUUUGACGCUUCUCAAGAACAAGACCUAGAAAAGAGCGAAGAAGAUAUUAUCAAUGAAAAAACUGAUAACUCUGAAGAAGACACACCUGCAAAAGUAUAUGCUGACCUCAAUGCUGAUUUAGAUAAAUUAAUUGAAACAUUUAAUAAGUUGAGUGAUGAUAAUUCAAAUGAAGAUGAAGAGAACAAAGAUCUUGAUGAGGUUGUGCCAAACUCAGAAGCUGUUGAUCAAGAACCACAAGAUUCUAAGCAAGUUGAUGAACCUCUUGAUGCAUUUGCAGUUGAUGAGAAUAUUGUGGCUGAUGAACAGAAAGACGAACAGAAAGAUGAUGAGCUUUUCAAUGAUGAGUUAGGGGCAGAUGAGAACAUUGUUUCCACGGAACAUAAAGAUGAUAAUGACUAUGUCGAGAUUGAAGACAGCAACUUGUCACAAAUAUUUGCUGAAAAUGAGAAAGAUGAGAACAAAUCUGAGUCACAGGAAGUCGAUGGCAACGUCGAACCAGAGGAAAAAGCUGCAACUACUGCUUCACCGCAAGAAAAUGAAGAGGAGAAAAAAAUAAUCGAUUACGUUGAUAAUUACGACGAACUUACUGACACUGAACCAAACGCUGAUGAUGAUCUCGACAGUAUUAUUAAACAGAUAUUCAAUGAAGAUGUCAAAGAGCAACAACCGUAUGGAGACGAUGGUUUAGUAGAUGAAAAACUAACUAAAAACGCAGAUGCAGUUGUGUUUAAAACGACCCAAGCGAAUAUCGAGGAUACAACUGAACAAAAGACAAAGAUGGUUGAUGAUUUGAGCAGUGCUGAGCUCGAACAGCUUACAGCACAGUUUGUCGCUACUCACCAGGAAGAAUUAGACCCCAAUUCUGAAAGUUUUGCUAAACAUGUAGCACCUGUUCAUAUUACCUUGUCUGUAGAUACGCCUACCGUUAUAGAAUCCCCUAAUCACCCUAAUCCCUACCAACCAAACAACAUCAUUGAUUGGAUUCUCGAGGGACCAGGUCAUGGCAUUGAGCUAAACAUUACAACUUUGGAUCUCAAUUCAGUUACGGGUGACUUUCUACUUAUCAAACCAGGUGGUCUCGAUGCUUCCGGUUCAGAUGGUCUUGUAUUCGCGCAUCGUCUAAGAUCAGAACGCAAAUACAGGUUCACUGGCGUAGACCGCGUGUUCAUCAGGUUCCAAGCCAACGAUGCUCGUUGGCAAUUGCAUCGUGGGUUCAGUCUGUCAGUCAAAAUGAUAUGGUCUCUCCCAGAACUUGAAGAAGACCUGCCUGAUGCUGAGGCGGUCAUCCAGCCACCACGGGAGACUUUGACCUUGAACCUUGCUGGCCUCACCUUGGCUCAAUUCAAGGCCAUUAAGGAUGACUUCCAGCUGAUGCUCGCUGACAUGGCUAAGGCAUACAUUAACGACAACAACAUUGAACUAGGAUUAAACACCACGUACGAAGUAACGCAGAUCACCAGGACCGCAAUCUGCAACAUCCAAUGGCCAGACUAUGAGAACUGUGUGGAGGUGAUCUUUGGAGUACCUCUGCAGUACGAUGGAGAGGACGAGGAGUCAGAGCCGAGGCUGUCCACGAAGGAACUGGAUGACAUGUGGACUACCUAUAUCAUCAAGGAUGAUUUCGCUGACAGACUGCGCUCUUUCGGUAUCACGGAGUACGCGAUCCCCGACGACCAGACGGUGUUGAUGGUGUGGCUGGUGAUCGCAGCUGGAGUCAUCAUCUCCAUGGCUAUGCUUGCCUUCGCUCUAUGGAGGUUUAGCUGCUUCGAGGAUUACACCAGGAUGAAAGUGUACGGUGAUACAGACAGCAUACAGAACGAGAAGCGCCACCUGGACCUGUACCCCACGCCGCACCAGACGCUCCCGCCGCUCUACUCCGAGAAUGACUACAAAUGGGCCGAUGACAAGUACGACGACUCUACACGAGUGGACAUGGGAGGUUUUGCCAACAAGAGUUACAUCCGAGACGAGCUCUACGACUUCGACUCGGAUGAGGACGUCAUCACACCACGAGACAGGUACACUACAAACGUGUAGCCGGCACAUCCCUAGCGGUAGUGCACUCUGGAAAGGCGUCAUCAGUCCGCGAGAUUACUAUGACGCGUAAACAGUACGUAAGGAUUCCAAAAAUAUAUCAGUAUCGAUAAUUCGAUUGAAUUAAUCGAAAAACCUUUAUUUGAACAUAAAGGCAACAUAUCGUUUUAAAGUUACUCGUUAAUUUUAUCGAUCAAUUCAUCGAUACCGAUACUAUACAUGUUAGUCUCAAAUUGAAAUAAAAUUAGAAAUUAUAACAAGCAUUAUCUACAGUUAGUUCAAUCAAAUUUGAAUUCUAUUUCGUAGACAUAAGGAUGGCAUUAAAAGCAAAAUUAUAUUUGCGAGAUUUGGCUAGUCAGUGCAGCUACAAUAAUGUAUCUUAUACAAAACGUUAUAAAAUUCAAAUUUGAUUAACGUAAAUAGUGUUUGUUAAUAUUUCUAAUUUUAAUUCAUAUGCAGAAUAGUUUGAAUUAAAAAUAACGUAGUAGGUAGAUAUUAUACAGUAAGUUUUAAUUGUUGAUUUUUUGUGAUUUUAAAUGAAGUCAAAUAAUUUGUGAAUAUUGUCAUUUAAUUCAUAAAAGAAAAAAAAUUGUAUGGCAAAUAUAAAUUACAUAAAAAUAAAAACAAAAUAAAUGCAUUUACCAGAAUAUAAAAAGAAAUAACGAACAAAACUGAUUAAUUGUUGAGUUCAUUUUUAUUUGAAAUUACGUCAUUUUAAAUGAACUCACUCGUUAUAGUGAAAUAAUAAUAUUCACAAAUUAUAUGUUAUAUGCAGAUAUUAUACCGUUGUAUACUUAAUAGAUAUAUAAACAUAUUGUAGAUAUUGUAAAGUACAUGAUAUAAACGUUGUGAUUUUAUUAUUUUUAUAUCAAAAAAAUCUUUAACCUCUGUUGUAAAUUAUUUCAUUUUAUAUUUUUUGUUUGCAAUUUUAUUUCACCAAUAAAUAAAUGGUUAUUUU